CGAGAGAGAAGCCCUUUUGGCGCCUGCAAACAACACACACACACACACAAUGCGCCACUCAUAGAACUCACAGCUUCCAUGGCGCAUCGAGGACGAAGCACGUCGCCGCGGAAGAGCAACAACAGCAACAUGUCUCAGCACCAGCACCACGACGACGACGCCGACUCGAUCUUGCCGUCGCGCCAACUGGAGGCCUUCAGUCGCACCGUCCACGCCACCGCGUCCCAGCUCAUCACCGGUAUCCAUGGCCAUGGCGCCUCUCAUAGCGACACCCCAGGCCAGGAUCACUACCGCAAUGCCCUCUCUUCUGUGCGCCGCUUCUCCCAGCGACCCACCAUCCAGCGCUCCGUCUUCUCCUUCGCCAAGGCAAAUCCGAGAGAGCUGAUCCGAUCCAACUUCAACACGAGCGAAAUCGAACAUCGCGCCCUCACCUUUCUGCCUGACGAGCUGUUACGGAAUGUGCCUGCGAGCACCAGCCCCUUCAGCCUGUUUGAAGGCUUCAAGGCGACUCUCCCAGAGGAAGACGAUGUGGGAAAGCCGGGGCGGCGGAAGAAGCACGGGAAACAGAACAGCAGAGGACAGAGAUUGCUGGAGAAUGCGGAGCAAGAGACGUUCCAAGGGCCACCAAAGCUACAGAAGUUGAAGAGAGACAAGGAUCGCUUGGAACAUCGCUUGGAGAUGAUGGGCAUCCGAAAGACGAUGUGCACGAGCGAGAUUCGAGAGAUUGACAACAAGAUCUCGAAUCUCAACACCAUGCGGAAAGUCAUACUAGGUCGGCUCGCUGGACUGGAGGACGAGGAAAGAGAGCUGGAGCAAGAAGUGCUGGAGGCUACCGAGAGGCUGGAUGAGCUACAAGAAGAACUGGCCGACGAAGCUGCGUUGGCUCAAAAAACGUCGGAGCUUGCGACUCUGGGUACGAAGCGAGGAGAAGCUGCGGACGAAGAGGAACCGACGAGCGAGGACAGUCCAGGAUUCAUGUCGGAAAGCAUAUAUGAAAAGUUGCCCAAGGCCAAGGAGACCCCAGCCAAGACGAAGAGGAAAAAGACCACGUCGAGAAGGAUUUCGAUGCCUGUCUUGCACGAGCACAUGCAGCCUGGGUCCAAGAUCCGCGAGAUACCUGCCCACAACGACAUUAUCACAGCUCUCGAUUUUGAUGCGCCUUUCGGGACCAUGGUUACAGCUGCCCUGGACGAUACGGUGCGAGUAUGGGAUCUGAACGCCGGACGAUGCAUGGGCAUGCUAGAAGGGCACUUGUCCAGUGUGCGCUGUUUGCAGGUGCAAGACAAUAUCGUUGCAACGGGUUCCAUGGACGCAAGCAUACGACUCUGGGAUCUGAACCAAGCAGACUACACUCCGGCUGUGAGCUCGAAUCUCAGCUCCAAGCCCAUAACGGAGGACGGUGAGGGCGAAGAUGCAGCUUCUGCCACUGGUGAAGAACUCUACACUGCAGCAGGGUCGGACUCUGGCUCUGCGCCCCAACCAGAGUACCACGGCAACUCGAUGGCGGACUGCCACAUGUUCACACUCUCCUCACACGUCGCGGAAGUGACGGCGCUCAACUUCCACGGCACGAAACUUGUCUCCGGUUCUGCGGACAAGACAUUACGAGAGUGGGAUCUCGAAAAAGGACGAUGUGUGCAAACUUUGGAUGUGCUUUGGGCUGCGGCACAAGCUGCCACACUGAAUCCAACGGCUGUUCCUGCGCCUGUGAAUGGUGCUUCGAUGGAGGGCAACUGGUGGAAGCCGACUGGUGGCAGAUUGCAGAGUGCUGAGGCCGACUUUAUUGGAGCACUUCAAGUGUUCGAUACGGCCCUGGCUUGUGGUACUGCUGACGGCAUGGUGCGAUUAUGGGAUCUCCGAUCUGGCAUGGUUAUUCGCCAGCUUGUUGGCCAUACAGGUCCAGUCACAGCAUUGCAGUUCGAUGAUAUGUUCAUCGUCACCGCUUCGCAGGAUCGGAGCGUGCGGAUAUGGGACCUUCGAAGUGGAAACAUCCAUGAUGCUUUUGGCUACGAUGCAGGGAUCACAUCCAUGCAAUUUGACACUCGCCGCAUCGUGUCCGCAGCAGGUGAAAAUGUCGUGAAAGUCUACGACAAGACCGAGGGAACACAAUGGGACUGUGGCGCUGGUGCGCUCCAAGAAGAGGAAGAAAACACCAGACCAUCCAUCGUCGAGCGAGUCCGCAUCAAGGAUGGGUACCUGAUUGAAGGGAGAAGAGACGGUGUGGUGGGUGUGUGGAGUUGUUGAUCUGCCCCUCCCAGACCUUUUUCCCAGAUGAUCCUUGAUACCUCACGAGGCCUUGUGUGUUUUUGUACAUAAGUAGUAAGUUCCAGAAGCUGUUUGUUUGUAGUAGGAACAGCGACGGCGCUCUAGGGAGAAAGAAAAAAACCCCCACAAACGCAAUGGCUGGCAACAACGGACGGGCCGCAUGAAGAUAAGAUGCGAAGAGCGCCAACAGAGAGCUAGAAGAAGAUGUACAUAUAUAUGUAAUUCCUUGGAUGGGAUCCCAAUAUUCU